AGUCAGAUACCUGAGUAAAAGUUCAUCUGAAUUUCCCGAAUCAGUAAUAGUUCCACAAAGAUAGUGAUUAGUGAUCUUUUUCCUAUAGUUUCCAGAAUGGCUUAUUCCUAGAAAAAAAAAUGUAGAUACCGAAUUAAAGUUAAAUAAUUCAUUAUUCUACCUUCGAUUAACAUAAUCUGAAUUUGAACUUUUCGAUAUCUCAAAAUGGUUGUAAAAUAUUCUUUUAUUUUAAAAUCAAUGAUACUAAUAGCGAGCCUUCUCACACUACUUCUGUGGUAUCGUUUUGUAGUAAGCUACAGUUACUCGGAUUUCGCGAACAUUUCGGGCCUUCGCAAAAAUCGUGCAAUUGAUGGUCCAAUAAUAAGCCCAGUCGAUCUAAAUACGAGUAAAACAUUGGAAUCCCUUUUGAAUUGCAAAAAUCGUGACUAUUACUCGGAAGUUAUACACAGUGAAAAGUUGUGGGUAUUGAAAAAUUAUGUUGAAGCUGAACAUGGUGGUAUCAAGUGCUUCGAAACAAUAACGUAUACAACGCAUGGUGACUUCACAUUUCUGGAUAAUGUUCCUCAGCUGGUAGAAAGAUGGCAGGCUCCAAUAAGCAUUGCAAUUUAUGCGCCGGGAGAUGACUUUGAACACACCAUUCAAAGUAUUCAAUACCUACGACAAUGCGUUCCAGAAAGUCAUCAAAUCAGGACUUUCGUUACAUUCCAUAUAUACUUCGAUGAUGAGCAUUCACCAGAAGUCGUGCCUAAAUAUGAUGAAACGUCUGCACUUGCCCCUUUCUUCUGUUUAAGAGAGCCUCCAUAUAAGACUGUGAAAGGUAGUGAAACUUUUAGGUCCAAAAAAGGACUCCUAUACCCUAUCAACAUAGGACGAAAUAUUGCCAGGAAUUCGGCUCUAACUCACUUUAUACUGCCAAGUGAUAUCGAAUUAUAUCCAAAUCCUGGACUGCCCAAGGACUUUCUAAUGAUGAUAGCUAGGAAUGGUAUUGAAAAAGAUAAACCAGGGGUCUACCCAAUUGCUAUUUUUGAAGUUAGAAAGGAUGUCUCCGUGCCACGUACAAAAAGUGAACUUAAAGAACUCCUGAAAACAGAAAAAGCCUACAUUUUUCAUAAAAGGAUAUGUGCCGCCUGUCAUACCAUCCCCGAAUAUAAUAAAUGGCUUGAGCUUGAAGAGACCAAAGAGCUGAAUGUAUUUCACGUGGGGAAACGUCAAAAGGAUCAAAAAAUUUGGGAGCCAAUUUUUAUAGGAACACAUGACGACCCUUACUACGAAGAGCGACUUAGCUGGGAAGGGAAACGUGAUAAAAUGACGCAGGGAUAUGUGAUGUGUGUACUUGGCUAUGAAUUUCGGAUAUUGAACAAUGCAUUUUUGGUUCAUAGGCCUGGCAUAAAAAAACCUUCAAAAGAUAAGAAACGCGUCCUCGAAGCUCUAAAAACGGAUCGUCUAAUUGCUAAUGAAAUUUAUCCUGAAUUGGAAAAACAGUAUGGCCACAAAGAGGGAUGCAAUGUUUAAGGAGACAGUCACUUGAAAUUCACACCAUAUUGAAAUUUUAAUCGGAAUCGACAGGACUUGCUCUUUUUUUGUGGAGUGUGGUGUGAAAUAAA